AAUUGUUCUUUGCUUUGAAGUGUUUCCUUUAAAAAUGGCGAAAGGCGACCCCAAAAAGCCGAAAGGAAAGAUGUCCGCUUAUGCGUUCUUUGUGCAGACCUGCCGUGAAGAGCAUAAGAAAAAGAAUCCAGAAGUUCCUGUCAACUUUGCAGAGUUCUCCAAGAAAUGUUCAGAGAGGUGGAAGACCAUGUCAACCAAAGAGAAAGGAAAAUUUGAUGAGAUGGCGAAGGCUGACAAAGUACGAUAUGAUAGAGAAAUGAAAGAUUAUGGUCCAGCAAAGGGGGGGAAGAAGAAGAAGGACCCAAAUGCACCCAAAAGGCCGCCGUCUGGGUUUUUCCUCUUCUGCUCGGAAUUCCGUCCCAAAAUCAAGUCCACCAAUCCAGGCAUUUCCAUCGGAGAUGUAGCCAAGAAGUUGGGCGAAAUGUGGAACAACCUCAGUGACAGCGAGAAGCAGCCCUACAACAACAAAGCUGCUAAGCUGAAGGAGAAGUAUGAGAAGGAUGUUGCAGAUUAUAAAUCUAAAGGCAAGUUUGAUGGAGCUAAGAGCGCAGCCGCUAAAACCGCUGCAGCUGCCCGGAAAAAAGUGGAGGAGGAGGAAGACGACGACGAGGAGGAAGAUGAAGACGAGGAGGAGGAGGAAGAUGAUGAAUGAGAAACUGUGUAUAAUCCUUGUUUCCAUGUGAAUACCAUAGAGUAGGGGAAACACCAUUUGGAAAAGAAAAGAAAAAAAAAAUUCUGGCACCUCUUGCUUGAGAUGGUGCCUUAUUUGCCCUUUAUUCAGAUUUACCACCCAAAUUUGGUUUUUUUGAUCACAAUACUGUAGCCUUUUUGGAAGUCAAUAAAUAAAAAGCGCUCUGGGGGGAAAAAGAAAUCGCAGAAACAAAAACGAAAUAAUAACCAUUGUAACCUGGUUUACAUUCAGUAGCUAGGGACCCUCUUCCGGGGUCCUGACUCUGUAACAAAGUUGUACAUAUUUCCAAACAUUUUUAAAAACAAAAAGGAAGAGGGGGAAAAAAAAUAAUAGCAAAUGGAAACAAAAGACGCUCUCGUGUUCUCCUAACUCUGUGCACUUUUUUCCUGUCGGUGUAACAAAGCAUUUAAAAAUGUUUCAAGCAUCUUAUUUUUUAAUUUGUAAGGUGGUGUUUAACUAUAUGGUUAUUGGCUAGAAAAAUCCUGGGUUAUAAACUGUACAUAUCUAUAGUUUGUAAAAACUAGACAAAUUCUUGUAGUUCAUGCUUUGAUCACUCCUGAGAAUGGGGGGGGAAAUGGCUUUAAGGGAGGGGGGGGAAAAGGCUCUUUGUGGUUUUUUUUCCCCCCCCCCUCGGAUAAAGGCCGUGUCUCAAAGCGUGGACCACGAAAGUAGAUCUAAUUUACACUACAGUGAGCGUACAUUUAGCUUAAAAGUUGUCUUUCUGUAUAUAGUGAAAUAGCAUUCUGCAGCCAUCCUUAGUUAUGAAAGAAGGGAGGGGGGAUUCAGCCGGCAUGAGAUAAAACAAGAAAAUUGUAUGGAUUCCUUUUUUUUUUUCUUUUUUCUUUUCCUUUUAGUUUAAAGCCGGGGUAGUUUUUCAACCAGACCUGUAAGUCUCCUUCCGUGGUCAGCUUUAAAAGUGAGGAGAGGGCGCAGAAGAGUUCAAAAACGCCUCUGUACUUAAAAAGAAACGAAAGAGAGAGAAAAAAAAAGAAAUAAUUGCAACAAACAUUACGUUGGUUUUUUUUGUAUGUUUAGAAUGCUGAAAUGUUUUUGAAGCAAAAAUAAACAGUAUUACAUUUUUAAAACUUCUUGACAAUAUUCUAGAGUUCCUGCUUUUAACGAGGUUAUGUCUUGAGCCGCAGCUAAAAGAUAAAAAGACGAUGGCGGACGCCACCGCUUCCGCCUCGCGAGAACGGCGAUUAGGAUGGGCAGUUGAUCUGAGAAAAGACGGCCACGUGAGCGGGUUUGCUGAUCAAAGACACUAUGCAAAUUUGAAUCUUUAUUACUUGAAAAAAAAAAUAAUAUCAAAAGCUAAGGGAGUACAUUGCGGCGGUGCGAAACCCGCCGUUUGCAAAGGUAGGUGACUAAAGGAAAGGAGAGCAGAGAUUUCUUUAUAGAUGUGUGUGGGGUGCAUUCAUGGCCCAAAUGCUAUGCUUUGUAAAUAUUAAAAUGUGCCUUUUUUUGUCUUGUG